AUGAAGAAGCGGACUAUCUACUCAUCGGUAGCAGCGACUGUUAUCUUCCUCGUUCUCAUGAUCGUCACUCCCACCAUCCCUCAGUCUCAAGCUUAUCACGCUUUCGCUGAUCAACGCUCCUUCUUCGGUAUUCCGAAUGCUCUAGACGUCAUCUCCAACUUCCCUUUCCUCAUCAUCGGCCUUAUCGGCCUCGUCCUCUGCUACUUCCCAGACGAUUAUUUCAAAUUCAGUUUGCGAGGCGAGAGAUUGGGAUGGACUUGCUUUUUCCUCGGUGUGAUGGCUGUUGCUUUCGGAUCUUCUUACUAUCAUCUCCACCCUGAUGAUGCACGCCUCGUCUGGGAUCGCCUUCCUAUGACUAUUGCGUUUACGUCGAUCUUGGCUCUAUUUGUGAUCGAGAGGAUUGAUGAGCACAAGGGUACUUACUCCAUCGUCCCUUUGCUUCUCGCUGGUCUUGUCAGCAUUCUCUAUUGGAGGUUUUUCGAUGAUCUUCGUCCUUAUGCUUUAGUUCAGUUUGUUCCCUGUAUUGCUAUUCCAUUGAUGGCUAUUCUUUUGCCUCCAAUGUAUACUCAUUCCACGUAUUGGCUAUGGGCUGCAGGGUUUUAUCUCUUAGCCAAAGUGGAAGAAGCUGCAGAUAAGCCUAUAUAUAGCUGGACGAAUCAUAUUGUUAGUGGGCACUCUAUAAAGCAUUUGUGUGCUGCUAUGGUCCCCGUCUUCCUCACUCUGAUGCUCGGUAAAAGAACCGUUCAAACCGAGAGGAUUAGCUUGUAUAAGACAUGGAAGAGGAGUAGAGGAAAAGGGUCUAAGGAAGAGAGCUUCGAGUGUACUUACUCCAACGUAGCAGUCCAAGAGACUCGGUAGGUUGUGUUAGUAAGACUCUGGUUAAUGUAAGAUCCAUGUUUUUGACCUUUGAUAGUUUUGUUAAGAAUCACUCAGCAAAUGGAAUUAGUUAAUAGCGCCGUAUAGGAGGUUGAGGUUGAUCAUCCAUCCUCAAUUGGAAACUCGUGAGCUUUUGUGUAAUUUUCUUAUCACAAUGCAAUCCUUUCAUAGUGCUAACAACAUUUCGAU